CCGGGGAAUAAUUCUUCUUGCAAGCACUCCCCGCAUUUGAUAUCCCUACUUCAGAAAAUGCACGUACCUACUAACACUAUGGAUCCACAUCAUCGAUUUCCCUGGACAUGGAGAUGAACCUUGUUUUGACGUGGAUUCGGUUGAUCUGCUGUUUCACUCGUGCAUAUCACCAUGCUGAAUCCUGCGGGCGUGCAUUGUUGGAUUGAGAUAUCUCGCCCGUUCGGUCGGGUUUCCUUACUCUUUUUUCCCCCCGAAAAACUGGUCCACAGGCGGAGACGGAGGGCUGGCAAAAGACCGAUAAUGUCCUGAAUAGGUGUUUUGCUUCCGAUGUCUGGUCGAUUUUACCGUUUGAUUAGUUUGGGAUUAUCUACCUCUUUUCUCUGCCAUUUCUUUGGAAUUUAUAUAAAACCGGGAUAUCCUCACUCGCACAUUUUCUUGUAAUGCUACCAAUUUCAUAUACUAUUUAAUUUAUAUCCCGGAGACAUAAUGACGCCUCCGUGGCCUCUUCCUCUGAAUAUACCCCCGGAAGUUCUGCAAGAACUCUCCAAAUCACUCACCCCAAGCGGUAUUGCUGACUACUCGGCCCUAGCUGUCUUCUCCGUGGCAGCCGCCACAUAUCUCUCUCGGGGUUAUCUUUGGGACCAGCCUGAUCCAUACCAACAUCUCGUUUACGAGCGACCGCAACUCAAAAAUGGAGGUGCUGUUGGCUCCGCCGCCAAGGAGACGAGAAACAUCGCUAAGAAACUGGAAGAGACCAACAAAGACAUGGUCGUCUUCUGGGGUUCCCAGUCUGGCACGGCAGAGGGGUUCGCCAGCCGCUUGGCGAGAGAGAUCUCGCUGAGAUUCAGUCUGAGUGCCAUGACGGCUGACCUGUCGGAGUACGAUCCCGAGACGAUCAGUGAAAUCCCACAGUCAAGACUGGUCGGCUUCCUCCUGUCAACGUACGGGGAGGGAGAUCCUAGUGACAACUCGGCGGAGUUUUGGGAUUGGAUCAACAAGACGAAGGAUCAUGGACAGCUGUUGUCAUCCGUCAGAUACUUUGCCUUCGGUUUAGGCAAUAGAAAUUAUAAGUACUAUAACCGCAUCAUCGAUGUCGUGGUGGAAGAGCUGGAUAAACUAGGCGCGAAAGCCGUGAUGCCUGUUGGAAAGGCCGAUGAUGCCGAGGGCGCCACCCAGGAGGACUUCAUGACCUGGAAGGAGAGUCUGUUUGCCAUAUUGAAGUGCCUGGGUUUUCAGGAACAUGAGGUCCACUACAUGCCUACCUUGUCUGUGCUAGAAGAUGAAACCCUUGAGCCAAUUGACCUACAUAAUGGAGAACCGGAAGGUGGCUCCCUCAAGGCGCAGUGCUCUCCUAUCCGGCCUUUGGCCAUCUCCACCUCCAGGGAGCUGUUUAACUCUCCUGACAGACACUGCCUUCACAUAGAUUUGGAUCUCACCAGUCAGCCUGAAUUUACCUACAAGACCGGUGACCAUCUUGCAAUCUGGCCCGGAAACCCAGAUUCAGAGGUUGAGCGUCUCCUCCAGGUCCUGGGCCUGUCAUUGCGUCGCAACGUGCCUAUUAACAUUAAGUCCCUCGACUCCACCGCCAAAGUAAAGAUUCCAUCCCCGACUACCGUUGCAACUCUCUUCCGUUACUACCUCGAGAUCUGCGGCACCGUCAAUCGAGACGACGUCGUGGGAUUGGCACAGUUCUCCCCGACGCCAGCCGCCAAAGCAUAUCUUCAGCACCUAGGCAAAGAUAAGGCUAGCUAUGCUGCAUUUAUCAACAAAAACCACGUUAAUCUCGGCCGACUGCUACAACAAGCCAGCACUGAAACAUGGAACAUCCCCUUAUCAUACCUCGUUGAGACACUCCCUCUCAUGCAACCACGGUACUACUCCAUCUCAUCGAGCAGUGUUAUUUCUCCGCGUAAAGCUUCCAUUACCGUUGUUGUCUCAACCACCCCUGUCCCAGAGAAUGGAGAUGAACUAAUCCACGGUGUUACGUCCAACUACCUCCUCGCCGUAUCCGAAAACCUCCGCUCCGCACCUCAUCCAGAGGGACUCACAUACCACCUCAACGGACCCAGCAACAGCCUAGAAGGUGGAAAGGUGCUCUCGCACCUCCGUAAAAGCAAAUUCAAACUCCCCACGCUCGCUAAGUGCCCACUUAUCAUGGUUGCGGCAGGCACAGGGCUGGCGCCUUUCCGAGCGUUCAUCGCCGAGCGCCGACAGCUUCAGCAAAUUGGGAAGGAGAUCGGGGAGAUGCUGCUUGUCUUUGGAUGCCGGCGGCCCCAUGAGGACUACAUCUACAGGGAUGAGCUGGAAGAGAUGACGAGUGCUUUGGGAGAGAAACUAUGCAUCUUCACUGCGUACUCGCGAGAGGGCAAGAAACAAUACGUCCAGGAUAAGAUCUCCGAAGUUGGCGACGAUGUCUUCCGGUUAAUCAAUGAGGGAGCCAACUUUUACAUCUGUGGAAAAGCCGAGAUGGCAAGAGAGGUCGAGAAAGCGGUUGCAGGGGUGAUGAGCGUGAAGGGUCAGGAUGAGGCGAACGAGUGGAGGACGAGAAUGAAGAGAAGGAACAAAUGGCAGGAGGAUGUGUGGUAAAAAUUUUCAGUAGUUCUUUUGUGAAUAUUCC